UAUUCCCUCCUCUCAAGUAUAAUCUAAAAUUUUGGCGUUAACAAACACGUCACUGAUAUAAAAACCUAGAAACCCUAGUGGUCACUUUCGCUAGAGACCGUGCCCAAUGGCGAUGGAAAGAAAAACCCAACUCGUGGAGGUGAUGCAGACAGAGAUUCUAGCGAGAUUGCCCUUGAAAACCAUCUCCAGAUUCAAAUCAGUCAGCAAGAAAUGGAAAUCAACCCUGGAAUCUGUGUUUUUCCGCCGUCUUUUUUUAUCUCUGCACCAAAACUCCUCGUGGUCGCUCAUGUACGGAGAAAAAGAACUUAUAGGGUUCCAUGAAUGCAAAACAUUGGAUCUUCCAAAAUCGCCAGCAUCACUCAUCCCACCGCCUUUCAAACGCUAUGAUAUCGGUGAUUGCAACUAUAAGUGCUCGUCCAGUGGAUUGGUUCUGCUUACAGACGGAUCUGACAAAGCUUACUGCUACGUUGGGAAUCCAGUUACACAGCAAUGGAUCAAAAUCCCUCCACCUCCCUCUGAUCCUAAAGGUGAUUCUACCUUAUUUGGUUUAUUGACUCGCUUGGACCAGGACGGUGUCGUUUUGAGUUUUGAAGUGGUUAGGAUAGCUUCUUACAAAAGAACAAAUGAUUAUCUCUCGAGUGACUUGAGCGUGUUACUGUAUUCCUCCGAGACAGGGAUCUGGACUUCUAAAGUGAUUCACUCUCCUAUUCUAAUCGGCGACGUGUCUAAUAUCAACCUGAACGGUACGAUUUACUUUGGUUGUCUGAGUGUGCCUGGAAACCUCCUAGCUCAUGAUUUCUAUUCUGAAUCCGAUCAAUUCCGGGUUGUUCAAUUACCGGACUAUCCAGAUCACAACAAGGACUACAAACGGACCUUGACUACAUCAGCAGGCUUUGUUGUGUACGUCAGAGCACUAGCAAAAAAGGAAGAAACUGUUUUGAAGAUCUGGAGGCUGAACAAUGAUGACGACGACACUUGGCAUCUUUUGUGGGAAGUAGGCUUCCCGAUUACCGGUAACUAUGUACCCAUGGCAAUGCAUCCAUUUGAUGUCGGUACUGUCUAUCUGUGGAGUCAACGGAAUCAUCAUUUGGUAUCAUGUAACUUGCGGAAACGAGACUACACACUCCUGGGGGAUGCAGCUGAUGAUUGUUUCAUUGACCAGUCUGUUUGUAAGAAGAGUGUGGAUGAGUUAUGGUUUCCGAGAUCAUUUUCAGUUUUAGAGGAACAAGACUUGAGCUUUAGAGUUUGUAUCUGGUUAUUCCAAUUCGUGAUCCCCCGGUGGAUGGAAUCGGUGCCUCGUCCUCCCCAAGCUGAGAUUAUAGAUACGACUUCACUGCUUUCUCACGCUACUGCAACACAUGAGAGAAUGAUGAGGGAACGUGAAAACUAUGACUACUCUUGGUACGCGUGUUGAUAUCAGUAUGUUUCUUUAUGCGAUGUUAUUGUUCUAUGAUGAUGUUUCAAACUAUACUUUCUUUGAUUUUCUUUCCAGAAUUCUAUAGAACACUUUUAAUUAUCUUAACCCUACAAACUAGUUUUG